GAGAGAGGAAUACCUAAAGGUGGGAAUAGCGAGAAAGAAAGAGACAGAGAUCGAGAGAGAGGGAGUGAAUGAGAGUGUAAGUGCACAGAAUAAGGCGAAGUGAGGUGCGUGUGGUUUGCUCUCUCUCUCUCACACAUGCACAAGACAAACCAGUCUUCCUUGGGUGUUAUUAUUGUUGUUAGACACACCGAUGGCCUGUCUUCUUUUCUGUCUCUUCAACUACAGCAUGGCUUCCAGCUAACUAAACUCGUGUCGACGGAUUUUCUCUCUCUCAUUAAACAAUAGAAUCGUGGUUUCUUUUGAUAUACACCUCGCUCAGAGAUUUAUUACCACACACACACACACAUAUAUAUAUUAAGUACACAAACACACGCAUACACUCACUCACACACACACAUACGCGCGCGCGUAUAAGCACGCACAUACCUAUAUAUAUAUAUAUAUUAUAUAUAAAGAUGCGUGCAUUUAAUUCACCGAUUGCGGGUGUUUUACGAAAACAACAGUAACGACAACAACAUCGCUUUCCACCCUGGAUAAAACUCAACAACCGUAUUAAUUAGUAGUCCACCCCGUCCGAGCACUAAUAGCUCCUUUUGCGAUACAUGCUUGGACGUCCUUCCUUGAUGUGAACAAGGUUCCCUCUAUCUAUAUAUAUCUAUCUUUCUAUCUAUCAUUUACUAUUUCUCUCCUCCACUCUCUCUCCUUAUAUAUAUAUUUUUAAUUACUAUUUCUGUCUCUGUGGUUGCCUUGUCUUUAAAGGCCAAUGUUUCAAUUCUAUGGAUAUGGCAGACAAAUCCGAUUCGCAAGAAUGUCUUCCCGAGGUCGGCAAAGUUCAGAAAGUUUGUCAGAAGUGGUCUGAACAUGAAGAUGGAGUCUUAGCAUAUCGUCUCCAGAACGAGGAAAGUAACUCCCACUAUGGCCGUAAUCGCUUCAAUCGACGUGUCGCCCGCAAUGACGUGCCCAUAGCGAAGGUGAUCCAGAUUGAAGAGGAGAAGAAACACCAGGAGGAGCGCAUGCAACAACUGAAGCUCCUGCAUCAAAGGUCCCAGGAGGAUCAGAAAAUUGCCCAGCAGGUGUACCAGGAAUUCUUGAAACAGGAGCAGAAUGAUAAAAGUGUGAUGGAGUGUGAUGAUGAGGAAUUAGCCCGACAAAUGCAAGAGAAAGAGAAGAGGAAGUACGAUCGAUACCUAGAGAAGAAAAGAGAACGCCAAUUGAAGAGAGAACGGGAGAAGAUUGAGAAGAAACUGGCUGAGCAAUCAGAAGAAGCACGACUGACCACGUUUUCUCCUGAUGCUGUUGAGGACCUCAGAGAAAAUGUUGACAAUCUUCACUUAAAGACUCCCCCUUCCAAUGUCAAAGUUCGUCAUAGCGGUCAACUUGAGGACAACGGUGACUUCAGUGACUUCUACGUGCUGCCACCUACUGCAGACGUUACUGAACAGAAACUGCUACAAGAGUAUCAGGACGAGGAACUUGCACAGUUAAUCCAAGAACAAGAACAUAAGAGAACAAAAGCAAUAGUCGACCAAAGAAAACUGCGUGAAAUAGAAUUACACGAUGCCAGACUUGCAGAAAUCAUUCAAGAACAGGAGAAGAUCAAAUCCCGGAGAGUGCGUGGCCGACGGGAGAGAGCAGCCGAUGAGAGACAGGCAAACAAAGACAGUCAGAUUAAUGGCCAUAGGAAUCGGCCACAAAGCAUGACAGAGGUCACAAACCAGCAAUCAUCUUCAUCACCCGAUGUCGGGCGACCAGUCCAGGCACAGCAUGGCAGUGCUGCUUCACACAUUUCCAAUUCCAUAAGCUCAACUUCUCAACAGUCCAAGGACCACCACCAUCAAGUACAACGAACUGUAUCACUAGGAAAUACUUCUGCAUGCAGGAAGGCUGCAUCAAAACCUCCUCACUCCCACAUCUCUCAUUCCAUGAAAGAGAAGCCAUCCGAUAGGUCAAACCAUAGCGACCACCAUGCCUCUUACAGGAAUGGUCGACAGACAAUGGGAGUUAUCCCAAAUGGUGCUCAGAAUGGCAAUGAUAGAGGCUCUGAAUGUCUCUAUGGUAAUGGAAGCCAGCCUGCCAUGAACAGACGGAGACCUCCUCCUGGCCCUGCCCGCUUACCAAGCGCCAGGGACAGUCUAAAUAACACAGAAGCACAUAACGUGGAGCAUUGGUUGACAGGUUGCCCCGUGGAGUACAGUCCAAAGAACGGUCAUUCACAGAAGUCUCCUUUGCGUGAAUGGGAAGCUGAGCUGAUGGGUGAUCAUUUAUCAGAAGUGAGCUCUAGGGGGAGCACGGACUUAAGGUUGCCUUCUCCUUCUCCACCUGAUAGUUCGCACAGUGAACAUGACCCUUCAUCACUUAGUAGUGGAAGUCAUGAUCAGACACCAUGUAGAUAUCCUGCUAGCAAUCCUAUCUCUUGCUCAUACAAUAUUGCAACAGCCAUUGAUCCCACCUACAAGCGAAGGCAACACGAAAUUCACGCUGCCGAUGAAACAGAACCCAAAAUCUCUCUAAUGUUGUCUCGUUCACUACCUUUACAUGCAGAUACAGAUCUGGAGUGGGAUCCUGGACUCCGAGGUAGCUUACGCCGGCCAAAAGUGGCACACUGGAAGCAUAUAGCAACUUUACAUGGUGGAACCACUGAAGAAGAACCUGUAAAUGAUGAUGAUUUAAAUGAUGGAAUGACCGGCACCGGUCAGCAGAUUCAGCCAGUGCCAGGGCAACGGAGAGCUGCAACUAUUGACCGAAACAAGAAACUAAAGAAGCCAACUAGUAAAAAUGGAACGUGCAGACAACAGUAGCCCCUGACCCCCCCACCCGUCCCCCCUCCGUCCCUUGUUCUAUGUAGACAGUAUGAGUUCUUGUCCAUUUAUUUUCUCUGUAUCCUUUUGACAACAGCAGUCCCUGCCUCACUGGUCUUCUCUGGUCUCUACAAUGCUUUCAACACAACAACAUACCAACACCAAUUUCUGCAGCUGAGUGCGACCCAGAGCAUCACCGAUGCUGCAUUUGCAGUUAGCUUGCUUCUGUGGAAUAAUUAAAUGCAUCACAGGAACUAUAAUAAUAAUAAUAAUACCAACCAGUUAACUGUACAACAUUUGCUCUAUCGACAAUACAUUGAACAUGCCAACACUUGUAUACAAAGCAAAGACAUUCGGAGCAACUACUAACAUCACUGAUGCUACAUUUGCAGGCAACAUGCUUUUGUUACAUAACUCCAGGCAUCACAGACCCUAUAUGAAUGCCUACCAGUUAACCAUGCAGCAUCACGCUUUCUACAGAGAGCUAGAUGACUCUCACAGACCCUACUGUGGACCCAUUAACUAAACGAGACUGUUGUCGCACAACAUUAGUAUCUCCUAGAUUUUUCUACCUGUCAAUGUAUUCAAGGGCCACUUUCACAACCCUUUGUAUUUACCAACUAGAUUAGUGAGAGAAGACCUUUCUGUUUGCCAAUUUCACAAAGGACCACUGCUACGGAUCUUAUUUUGUGUAUCAGUUCAGCAAGAAACCAUUCUGUCUUCUAAUUUAAUGAAGAGCCAUUAUUACAGAAAUUUUGUAUCUCCCAGUUUAGAAUUAAGCUAAAACAGCCCCUAUUUUUCAAUGUGCACUGUAACAUCUAACUUGUGAGCCAUUCAUAUCUGGCUCAAACAUUAAAUAUGGCAAGAUUUUAGUUUUGAUAAAAACCUAUUUAUACUUUGUGAACCAACAUCUUCUUUACACCUGAGGCUAUAUACAUGUGUGUGUGUAUGUAUUAUAUAUAUAUAUAUAUAUCAUUAUGGAGUCACAUGGCCUGGUGGUUAGAGCAGCAGACUCGCGGUCGAGGGGUCACGGGUUCAAAUCUCAGACCAGGCGAU